AACGACAUCUCUUUGUCGUCGCUUCUAGGACGCAACUGUAAAGGAGGUUACCAUAGUAACAGUACACAAUUCAAUGCUUGGGCGCAACGGGGUUCCUCCGGUAAAACUCGGUACAAGUUAAUAGAGCAGUGCCAAAGUUGUGAGAUCUAAAGAAACAUAGGAGAUGGUUUUACUGAAGAAUAAGGGUUGAUGUCAGCAUGGAGGCCACCAACUCUGGCAAGGCUGGAAUCCUGAGUGGGCAGAAGCUGCAGGAUGCUAACCAAAACCAUGCACCAUGUCUGUACACAAAAUCUCCUGAGGUCAGAGUUGGCUUACCUGAUUUUAACCCGGACAGACUGAAGACAGCCAGGGCUUUGGCCGAUAAAGCAGUUAAGAUGCAGAAGAUAUUCUCCAUCCAAGGCCCCUAUCCUGUCAUUAGGGCAGCUUUGAGGGCCAGAGGCUGGAUUGAACAGCAUAUGCAUGGUUCCAAGCUGCAGGUCCAGCAGCAGCAGCAGCAUCAGAGCAGUGGGAGCAAAUCCAGCUCGAAGGAUGCUGAUGACCACAACUCAGAGGAUGUUGAAAAAGAACAGGAUCCAAACCGACUGCACAGUUUCCUGGUAUCUGCAGCAUUGUCUCGCCUUGUGCGUAACGAGAUGGUUUAUUUCUACUGGACAAACCGGAGAGAUGCAAUCAACACAAACAUCUUGCAGAAACAACAGAUAAUCAAUCACUUCACUAAAGCAGGCAGUUUCACCACUAAAGUGGGGUUAUGUCUGAACUUAAGGAACCUCCACUGGUUUGACGUAGCUAACCCAGACACCUUCUUCCCCCGCUGUUACACACUUGCAGCCCAGGAUGAGAAGCAUGCUUUCAUUGAGGACUACAGGCGCACAGCGUGCACCAGUCUUCUGAAGUAUGUUGUGAAGAGGGAUCAGAAUAUUCAGGGGAAAGGAAUAAGUCACAAUCUUCAGGAUGUUCAAGUGCAGAGGAAACAGAACAAACACCGCUCUAAACCACUGGUCCCUUCCCAAAUGAUCACCACCGCACUCAAAGUAUGCCAGGAAUACCUGGAAAGUCUGGAGCACAAAGAUAUCGAUAAAACCCUGGAAACACCACAGACACUUACACAGGAGCAGUGGGCAGAGUUUAUUAGCAGUUAUUAUCUUGUUGCUCAUGGUGGAGCACAGAUUGAGAGAAGUGAACAUUUGGUUAGUUCCUGCGAGGCCAUGCUGCAGAGGCUUGAGAAGGUCAGCCCACAGUUGGGCAUAGAUGGCACACAAAACAUCUGGAUCAUCAAACCGGGGGCAAAGUCCAGGGGCAGAGGUAUAAAAUGUGCAAAGCGUCUUGAUCAGAUCCUCAGGAUGGUGGCCAUAGAUCCAGCACUUAUUAAAGAGAGCAAGUGGGUGGUGCAGAAAUACAUUGAGCAACCCUUGCUGGUCCAUGGCACCAAGUUUGAUGUGCGCCAGUGGUUUCUGGUCACUGACUGGAACCCCCUGACUGUAUGGUUCUACAAAAAAUGCUAUUUGCGCUUUUCCACCCAGCCUUACUCAUUAGAUACACUGGACAGCUCGGUGCACUUGUGCAAUAACUCCAUCCAGAAGCACCUGAGGCCCUCUCAACAGCGACAUUGUGGCAUUCCAGCAGACAACAUGUGGUUGGAUGACCAGUUUAGGGCCUUUCUGGCCAGCCAGGGCAGAGAAGCCCUUUGGGAGACUGUUGUAGUCCAAGGAAUGAAAACAACCAUUAUCCACGCAUUACAGACAGCACAGGAUCUGAUGGAGUCCCGAAAAAACACGUUUGAGCUUUAUGGUGCUGAUUUUAUGUUAGAUCUCAGCCUGCACCCAUGGUUAAUAGAAAUAAACGCUAGCCCCACAAUGGCCCCCUCAACCUCAGUGACCGCCCAGCUCUGCGCUGCUGUGCAGGAAGACACAUUACGAGUGGUCCUGGACCGGAAAGUUGACCGCACCGCAGACACAGGAGACUUUGAGCUCAUAUAUAGGCAGGCAGCAGUAGAAGUCCCUCAGUACUUAGGAAUCAACCUAGUUGUUGAGGGCUUCGCUGUGAAAAACCCUUGCCCUCUUCCUCCACUGAGGUCUUCCAACCAGUCAGCUUCAAAACGGUGGGGUCCAGUCAAAGAAAAGGAGUCUGCACUAGAGAAAGUUCAGGCUUUGCCAAAGAUGUUGCUGAAGAAAGCAGAGAGCAAGAUUAGGAGAUGCGAACCACUAUCUCCUGCGCUUCCUUCUGAAUCAUCUUUGUCCAAACCAGUUAAAAGCAUCUCAAUUCGUCUGCCAAUGACAGUUCUUCCUAUUGGUGGAGGCUCUCACUCUGGACAUUUGUGGAAGAGACGUGCAGAGGUAUCAAAUGUUCAACCACCGACAACAGAGAAACAGCAAGGUCCUUUGUCCCAGGAGAUGACUGCUCCCAAACAGCCUAGGAAAGCAACCAGCAGCUCUACAAGUGCCUAAAAUAUCUUCAAAUAAAAGAAUUUUAUACAAAAAAAACAAAAAACAAAUCCCAUUUGUUUGCAGUUUUGCAUGUUUUUUGGACUACCUUAAAAUAAAUUCUGGGAUUAUUCA